AUGGACAUGUAUUCACAGCAAUAUUUAAGAAUAUGUGACUUUACAUCAAUAAGAAUAUUGACUUCUACAGUGUCGGUGCUGCAGGAUAUAAAUCAAUUGACCUGGAUUUCCUUUCAGGGCUCAGCAGAUUCGUACACGAGCAGACCCUCGGACUCUGAUGUCUCUUUGGAGGAGGACAGGGAAGCAAUCCGCCAGGAGAGGGAGCAGCAAGCAGCCAUCCAGCUGGAGAGGGCCAAGUCCAAACCUGUAGCAUUUGCUGUCAAGACCAACGUGAGUUACUGUGGGGCUCUGGAUGAAGAUGUUCCUGUCCCAAGCACUGCCAUCUCCUUCGAUGCCAAGGACUUCCUCCACAUUAAAGAGAAAUACAACAACGACUGGUGGAUAGGGAGGCUGGUGAAGGAGGGCUGCGAGAUCGGCUUCAUCCCCAGCCCGCUGCGCCUGGAGAACAUCCGCAUCCAGCAGGAGCAGAAGAGGGGCCGCUUCCACGGAGGGAAAUCCAGUGGGAAUUCCUCUUCAAGCCUUGGAGAGAUGGUUUCUGGCACAUUCCGAGCCACACCUACAGCCACAGCAAAACAGAAACAAAAAGUGACAGAACAUAUUCCCCCCUAUGACGUUGUGCCAUCAAUGAGACCUGUGGUGUUGGUGGGCCCAUCACUCAAAGGCUAUGAGGUGACAGACAUGAUGCAGAAAGCUCUCUUUGACUUCCUGAAGCACAGGUUUGAUGGGAGGAUAUCCAUCACCAGAGUGACAGCUGACAUCUCCCUGGCCAAGAGGUCUGUGCUCAACAACCCCAGCAAGAGGGCGAUCAUCGAGCGCUCCAACACCAGGUCCAGCCUGGCUGAAGUGCAGAGUGAGAUUGAAAGAAUCUUUGAGCUGGCCAGGUCCUUACAGCUGGUUGUCCUGGAUGCAGACACUAUAAAUCACCCUGCACAGCUUAUCAAGACAUCCCUAGCACCAAUUAUUGUCCAUGUGAAGGUGUCUUCUCCAAAGGUUUUGCAGCGACUGAUCAAGUCCAGAGGGAAGUCACAAAGCAAACACUUGAAUGUCCAGUUGGUGGCAGCUGAUAAACUUGCACAAUGCCCACCAGACAUGUUUGACGUGAUCCUGGACGAGAACCAGCUGGAGGACGCCUGUGAGCACCUGGCCGAGUACCUGGAGGCGUACUGGAGAGCCACGCACACGCCCAGUGCCACGCCCAUGACCCCCCUGCUGGGCAGGAACCUGGCGCCCUCCGCCCUGUCCCCGUACCCCGCCGCCAUCUCGGGCCUGCAGAGCCAGCGCGGGAGGCACGGCGCCCACUCCGCCGACAGCUCGCCCCUGGAGCGGCGCGGCGAUGAGAACUACCCCGGAGAAAGGGCUCGCAAGAGCAGGAACCGCUUGUCUUCCAGCUCCCAGCACAGCCGAGAGCACUAUCCCCUGGUGGAAGAGGAGUUCCCGCAGCCCUACCCGGACUCGUACAAACCGCACCGCGCCCGCGGCUCCCCCGGCGCCUUCAGCCACGACUCGCGGCACCGCCUCUGACACCGCUCCCCGCCAGAACCUCGCUAGGAAUAACCCAUCACCUUCCUUUGGCAGCGCUGACGGUGACACCGCGCCCGCUGCCACUGAUGUUUAAUUAGGGGGCAGCAAAACCCGGCCCGGCCCUAACGUUUCUGCCCAAUCUGGUUUUGGGAUUCUUUUGGGGUUUAAUACAACAUUUCGUUC